AUGACUCGAUGGUUGAGUCGGUCUCUGGCGGCCUACCAGGGAGCUGGGAUUGAUCUCUCAUCUCUAUCCAUUGUUGAAGGAAAGAUCUGUUGGGAUCUGUAUAUAGAUGGUCUCGUUGUCAGCUCAGAUGGUAAUAUACUCGAUGCCCUUGGAGCAGCCAUCAAGGCAGCCCUAAGCAAUACAGCUAUUCCAAAAGUCCAAGUUGCUGCUAAUGCCCCUUCUGAUGAGCAGCCAGAGGUUGAUGUGACUCGCCAAUUGAAGCUCCCUCGCCGGAAAUUCGCGGCCGACGGUGGACGGCCUCCAUCGCUCGUCCAUGGGAGGCACAAUCCUCGUCUCAAUUGCUGCAGCGGGGCUCUGUCUGAGCGUCGGAUUUCUUCAGGGGCCGUCGGCGUUGAUUGGGGUGCGGUGUGGGCUCAUGGACGAGGCUGGGUUAACUGCACUUGGCUCUGGUUGGGUCGCCACCUAUUCUUCCGGACUGCCUUUCUCGCCACCGAUCAAGACCGCGCCUUUCCGCCGGCGAAGCGGCGUUUGGAGGACUUCUCGGUUCUUCCUGGGUGGUCGUGCUGUCGUAGGCACCCAAAUUAA